GGUGUCGUUGAAAUCGUUCUUCAAAAUCUAGCAAAGCCAAUACCACUUAAUCAUGAAGGGUCCUAUUGGUGUAAUUAGAUUCUUAUGACGCUAAUGAGCAACCUCUGUUUCCUGUCGUCUGGGUUAUCAGCAAAAUCACGUGUAUUUCCCAAGUUAUGUCAACAGUGUUCACUAGAGAAAGGUCGCAGUGUUAUUUUGUUUCGAUCAUCUCGAGGAACGUUCACUGGGAUACGUCUGCUGAAUCCCCCUAGUCGUCGCUCAUUCUUUGAACGGACUGGUUCUAGAACCAGUUCUCUAGUACUCCUUUCGAGUCAUCUAGACCAUUCAUCUUUUACAGCCUUCCAAAAUGUGCUACCCCCGGAUCUCUCUUUUCUUUUGGGUAAUCGUUUUGCAACACAGUUGCAAACUCUAGUGGCGGAGGCAACGGACCAGGUUACGUCUGCUACUACUGAAGUAGCGAAAAAUCCAGGCCUCUUUGAUUCUUUUGUUAACGCUAUCCAAACUUCGGUGACAAUGUUCCACGGUUAUCUAGAAGGUGCAGGGUUACCUUAUGCGUGGGGCUUUUCCAUCAUUUUAUUCACUAUACUUGUGAAACUAGUUACUUUUCCGUUGAACUACAAACAGAUGGAAUCCACUUUGUCGAUGCAAGCGUUGCAGCCAAAAGUAAAGGAGUUGCAAGCCCUGUAUAAGGACAAUCCACAGUUGUUGAAUAUGGAAACAGCCAAGCUGUACAAGGAGUCGAAUAUCAAUCCUUUGGCAGGUUGUCUUCCUGUUUUGGUUCAAAUACCAGUGUGGAUAGCGUUGUAUAGGGCCCUGUUAAAUCUGGCUAGCACGGAUCAAAUUCAUGAAGGUUUCUUUUUUGUUCCUAGUUUAGAUGGUCCAGUGAGUCGAGUAGGGCAAGGACUGGAUACUUGGUUAUUUCCUUUCCGAGAUGGUGCACCUCCGAUCGGAUGGCACGAUGCCAUUUGUUAUUUGAUACUGCCUACAAUAUUGGUAGUUUCGCAGUUUAUAUCUCAAAGUAUUUUGAGCCCUUCUUCUUCCAGUAAGAGUGGUCAAGAAGAUGACCCACAGAAUCGAGCAAAUGGAAUCUUGAAGUUUUUGCCGUUUCUCGUGGGUUGGUUUUCGUUGAAUGUUUCUAGUGGGCUGACCCUUUACUGGGUUACCAACAAUAUUGUAUCUACUCUACAAACACUGUUGAUCCGCAGCAAGUAUACACCAGCCGGCCAAAAAUACGCUGAAGUGUUGUCACAAGGAAAGACAAAGAAUGAAAAAAGGCAGGAGACGGGUAAGUCAUCGAAAGUGGUGGGUUUUGGUAGCAGUAAUGCAGGUGGUCAGAAUCCAACUCAGAAAAAGAACAAAGUCCCUUCCUCAAUAUCUAGUAAUGGUGUUGGUAAGGAUACUUAUGUCGAUGAGAAUACAGAUAGUUCAACCAAAAUGAGUUCUAAAAAAAUCAAAUGAUAAUUUCGAUCAUCUGUUUGAGUUGCUUCUAUAAAGACCACUUUUGGACCUAAGGAUUAAAAAAAGAU